AUGCUGGUGAUCCGGAUCCUGCCGCUGGCUUUCUGGCUCUGGGUGCCUGCCACAGCGACGACAGCGACAGAGGAGGGGGCUGCCGAAGGGCUGGACACCCAGGCCAUGACCCCUGCCUUUGGGGGUGCUAAAGGGGUCACCCUGGACCUGCAGGACUCCCCCGGGAUGAAGGGGAACUUUUUCUUCACCUGGAUGGUGCUCUCUGCCUGCCCUCAUCCUGCCGGCUGCAUCUGCCUGGAGGCACGCUCGGCAGACUGGAGUUCCACAGUGUCGUCCACCACCUUCUAUUUUACUAAUAAGACAGGUCCUUCAUCGCCUUCUGGCCCCGAGGCAUCGACCACCACUCAGGGGGUUGGAGAAACACAGUCGCUCUUCACAAAAGACACGAGCCUCUACACAGAUGUUUCUGAUUCACCCACACCGACGGUUUCCCUCGCCUCGUCUUCUUCCACCGAUGACGGAAAGACCACAUCCCCUUCCAGGCCCGGCCAGCCAUCUACCACCGCCACUGUCUUGGAACAGACAACCCAAUCCCUCUCGGAGCCGUCCGCUGGCUACACAGGCACUCCUGUUUCCUCCAGUCCUACGCUGACUUCGGCCAGCGCCAUUGCCAAGAACACUGACUUUUCUCCUUCCACAGGCGGGCCGAGUGAGCCCUCUCCCAGUCAAGGUGGUCCCGAACCCACGGCCACAUCUCCUCCUCCAGGAUCCACUUUCUACACCAGCACCUCAGGGGUGUCCACACUAACAUCUCUAACCCACCCUUCUACCAGUACAGAGAGGGCCGGUCCUGCCUCCCCAUCCAGCCCCAGUGAGCUGUCUCCCCCCACCGAUGUGUCUGCAGAAAGCACCCCAACUCUCGCAGGGGGGUCAACGUUCUACACCACGGUCUCUGCUCCGUCUGAAUCAACAGUUUCUUCCUCCGCCUCGCGUACGCCAGGCACUGGGACUUCCGCAGCCCCAUCAAGCCCUGGAGGGGCACCCACCAGCCCAGCGGACACAGCACUGAGUGCCUCAGCUGCCACUCAGAAAUCCACAGCCCACAGCACCAUGUCUGAGUCUUCUCAGCCCAGAGAUUCACCAGCAACCACCUCUGGUGUAGACAAGGGAAGCCUUGCGCCCACAUCAGGUCCCAGCGACUCGUCUCCCACUGCUGCUGGUGGUGCAUCGUCAGCCACACCCACUCCCGGGCGAUCUCUUGUCUCCACAACACGCCCAGCAGACUUGAGUUCUGCAGUGUCCUCGGCCGCCUUCUAUUCUACUGAUAAGACAGGUCCUUCAUCGCCUUCUGGCCCCGAGGCAUCGACCACCACUCAGGGGGUUGGAGAAACACAGUCGUUCUUCACAAAAGACACGACCCUCUACACAGAUGUUUCUGAUUCACCCACACCGACGGUUUCCCUCGCCUCGUCUUCUUCCACCGAUGACGGAAAGACCACGUCCCCUUCCAGGCCCGGCCAGCCAUCUACCACCGCCACUGUCUUGGAACAGACAACCCAAUCCCUCUCGGAGCCGUCCGCUGGCUACACAGGCACUCCUGUUUCCUCCAGUCCUACGCUGACUUCGGCCAGCGCCAUUGCCAAGAACACUGACUUUUCUCCUUCCACAGGCGGGCCGAGUGAGCCCUCUCCCAGUCAAGGUGGUCCCGAACCCACGGCCACAUCUCCUCCUCCAGGAUCCACUUUCUACACCAGCACCUCAGGGGUGUCCACACUAACAUCUCUAACCCACCCUUCUACCAGUACAGAGAGGGCCGGUCCUGCCUCCCCAUCCAGCCCCAGUGAGCUGUCUCCCCCCACCGAUGUGUCUGCAGAAAGCACCCCAACUCUCGCAGGGGGGUCAACGUUCUACACCACGGUCUCUGCUCCGUCUGAAUCAACAGUUUCUUCCUCCGCCUCGCGUACGCCAGGCACUGGGACUUCCGCAGCCCCAUCAAGCCCUGGAGGGGCACCCACCAGCCCAGCGGACACAGCACUGAGUGCCUCAGCUGCCACUCAGAAAUCCACAGCCCACAGCACCAUGUCUGAGUCUUCUCAGCCCAGAGAUUCACCAGCAACCACCUCUGGUGUAGACAAGGGAAGCCUUGCGCCCACAUCAGGUCCCAGCGACUCGUCUCCCACUGCUGCUGGUGGUGCAUCGUCAGCCACACCCACUCCCGGGCGAUCUCUUGUCUCCACAACACGCCCAGCAGACUUGAGUUCUGCAGUGUCCUCGGCCGCCUUCUAUUCUACUGAUAAGACAGGUCCUUCAUCGCCUUCUGGCCCCGAGGCAUCGACCACCACUCAGGGGGUUGGAGAAACACAGUCGUUCUUCACAAAAGACACGACCCUCUACACAGAUGUUUCUGAUUCACCCACACCGACGGUUUCCCUCGCCUCGUCUUCUUCCACCGAUGACGGAAAGACCACGUCCCCUUCCAGGCCCGGCCAGCCAUCUACCACCGCCACUGUCUUGGAACAGACAACCCAAUCCCUCUCGGAGCCGUCCGCUGGCUACACAGGCACUCCUGUUUCCUCCAGUCCUACGCUGACUUCGGCCAGCGCCAUUGCCAAGAACACUGACUUUUCUCCUUCCACAGGCGGGCCGAGUGAGCCCUCUCCCAGUCAAGGUGGUCCCGAACCCACGGCCACAUCUCCUCCUCCAGGAUCCACUUUCUACACCAGCACCUCAGGGGUGUCCACACUAACAUCUUCAACCCACCCUUCUACCAGUACAGAGAGGGCCGGUCCUGCCUCCCCAUCCAGCCCCAGUGAGCUGUCUCCCCCCACCGAUGUGUCUGCAGAAAGCACCCCAACUCUCGCAGGGGGGUCAACGGUCUACACCACGGUCUCUGCUCCGUCUGAAUCAACAGUUUCUUCCUCCGCCUUGCGUACGCCAGGCACUGGGACUUCUGCAGCCCCAUCAAGCCCUGGAGGGGCAUCCACCAGCCCAGCGGACACAGCACUGAGUGCCUCAGCUGCCACUCAGAAAUCCACAGCCCACAGCACCAUGUCUGAGUCUUCUCAGCCCACAGACUCACCAGCAACCACCUCUGGUGUAGACAAGGGAAGCCUUGCGCCCACAUCAGGUCCCAGCGACUCAUCUCCCUCUGCUGCUGGUGGUGCAUUGUCAGCCACACCCACUCCCGGGCGAUCUCUUGUCUCCACAACAGGCCCGGCGGACUUGAGUUCCGCAGUGUCCUCGGCCGCCUUCUAUUCUACUGAUAAGACAGGUCCUUCAUCGCCUUCUGGCCCCGAGGCAUCGACCACCACUCAGGGGGUUGGAGAAACACAGUCGCUCUUCACAAAUGACACGACCGUCUACUCAGAUGUUUCUGAUUCACCCACACCGACGGUUUCCCUUGCCUCGUCUUCUUCCAGCGAUGACGGAAAGACCACGUCCCCUUCCAGGCCCGGCCAGCCGUCUACCACCCCCUCUUUCUCAGAACAGACAACCCAAUCCCUCUCGGAGCCGUCCGCUGGCUACACAGGCACUCCUGUUUCUGCCAGUCCUACGCUGAUUUCGGCCAGCGCCAUUACCAAGAACACUGGCCUUUCUCCUUCCACAGGCGGGCCGAGUGAGCCCUCUCCCAGUCAAGGUGGUCCUGAACUCACGGCCACAUCUCCUCCUCCAGGAUCCACUUUCUACACCAGCACCUCAGGGGUGUCCACACUCACAUCUCCAACCCACCCUUCUACCAGUACAGAGAGGGCCGGUCCUGCCUCCCCAUCCAGCCCCAGUGAGCUGUCUCCUCCCACCGAUGUGUCUGCAGAAAGCACCCCAACUCUCGCAGGGGGGUCAACGGUCUACACCACGGUCUCUGCUCCGUCUGAAUCAACAGUGUCUUCCUCCGCCUCGCGUACCACAGGGACUGGGACUUCUGCAGCCCCAUCAAGCCCUGGAGGGGCAUCCACCAGCCCAGCGGACACAGCACUGAGUGCCUCGGCUGCCACUCAGAAAUCCAGAGCCCACAGCACCAUGUCUGAGUCUUCUCAGCCCACAGACUCACCAGCAACCACCUCUGGUGUAGAGAAGGGAAGCCUUGUGCCCACAUCAGGUCCCAGCGACUCGUCUCCCACUGCUGCUGGUGGUGCAUCGUCAGCCACACCCACUCCCGGGCGAUCUCUUGUCUCCACAACACGCCCGGCAGACUUGAGUUCUGCAGUGUCCUCGGCCGCCUUCUAUUCUACUGAUAAGACAGGUCCUUCAUCGCCUUCUGGCCCCGAGGCAUCGACCACCACUCAGGGGGUUGGAGAAACACAGUCGCUCUUCACAAAAGACACGACCCUCUACACAGAUGUUUCUGAUUCACCCACACCGACGGUUUCCCUCGCCUCGUCUUCUUCCACCGAUGACGGAAAGACCACGUCCCCUUCCAGGCCCGGCCAGCCAUCUACCACCGCCACUGUCUUGGAACAGACAACCCAAUCCCUCUCGGAGCCGUCCGCUGGCUACACAGGCACUCCUGUUUCCUCCAGUCCUACGCUGACUUCGGCCAGCGCCAUUGCCAAGAACACUGACUUUUCUCCUUCCACAGGCGGGCCGAGUGAGCCCUCUCCCAGUCAAGGUGGUCCCGAACCCACGGCCACAUCUCCUCCUCCAGGAUCCACUUUCUACACCAGCACCUCAGGGGUGUCCACACUAACAUCUCCAACCCACCCUUCUACCAGUACAGAGAGGGCCGGUCCUGCCUCCCCAUCCAGCCCCAGUGAGCUGUCUCCCCCCACCGAUGUGUCUGCAGAAAGCACCCCAACUCUCGCAGGGGGGUCAACGUUCUACACCACGGUCUCUGCUCCGUCUGAAUCAACAGUUUCUUCCUCCGCCUCGCGUACGCCAGGCACUGGGACUUCUGCAGCCCCAUCAAGCCCUGGAGGGGCAUCCACCAGCCCAGCGGACACAGCACUGAGUGCCUCAGCUGCCACUCAGAAAUCCACAGCCCACAGCACCAUCUCUGAGUCUUCUCAGCCCAGAGAUUCACCAGCAACCACCUCUGGUGUAGACAAGGGAAGCCUUGCGCCCACAUCAGGUCCCAGCGACUCGUCUCCCACUGCUGCUGGUGGUGCAUCGUCAGCCACACCCACUCCCGGGCGAUCUCUUGUCUCCACAACACGCCCAGCAGACUUGAGUUCUGCAGUGUCCUCGGCCGCCUUCUAUUCUACUGAUAAGACAGGUCCUUCAUCGCCUUCUGGCCCCGAGGCAUCGAUCACCACUCAGGGGGUUGGAGAAACACAGUCGUUCUUCACAAAAGACACGACCCUCUACACAGAUGUUUCUGAUUCACCCACACCGACGGUUUCCCUCGCCUCGUCUUCUUCCACCGAUGACGGAAAGACCACGUCCCCUUCCAGGCCCGGCCAGCCAUCUACCACCGCCACUGUCUUGGAACAGACAACCCAAUCCCUCUCGGAGCCGUCCGCUGGCUACACAGGCACUCCUGUUUCCUCCAGUCCUACGCUGACUUCGGCCAGCGCCAUUGCCAAGAACACUGACUUUUCUCCUUCCACAGGCGGGCCGAGUGAGCCCUCUCCCAGUCAAGGUGGUCCCGAACCCACGGCCACAUCUCCUCCUCCAGGAUCCACUUUCUACACCAGCACCUCAGGGGUGUCCACACUAACAUCUCUAACCCACCCUUCUACCAGUACAGAGAGGGCCGGUCCUGCCUCCCCAUCCAGCCCCAGUGAGCUGUCUCCCCCCACCGAUGUGUCUGCAGAAAGCACCCCAACUCUCGCAGGGGGGUCAACGUUCUACACCACGGUCUCUGCUCCGUCUGAAUCAACAGUUUCUUCCUCCGCCUCGCGUACGCCAGGCACUGGGACUUCCGCAGCCCCAUCAAGCCCUGGAGGGGCACCCACCAGCCCAGCGGACACAGCACUGAGUGCCUCAGCUGCCACUCAGAAAUCCACAGCCCACAGCACCAUGUCUGAGUCUUCUCAGCCCAGAGAUUCACCAGCAACCACCUCUGGUGUAGACAAGGGAAGCCUUGCGCCCACAUCAGGUCCCAGCGACUCGUCUCCCACUGCUGCUGGUGGUGCAUCGUCAGCCACACCCACUCCCGGGCGAUCUCUUGUCUCCACAACACGCCCAGCAGACUUGAGUUCUGCAGUGUCCUCGGCCGCCUUCUAUUCUACUGAUAAGACAGGUCCUUCAUCGCCUUCUGGCCCCGAGGCAUCGACCACCACUCAGGGGGUUGGAGAAACACAGUCGUUCUUCACAAAAGACACGACCCUCUACACAGAUGUUUCUGAUUCACCCACACCGACGGUUUCCCUCGCCUCGUCUUCUUCCACCGAUGACGGAAAGACCACGUCCCCUUCCAGGCCCGGCCAGCCAUCUACCACCGCCACUGUCUUGGAACAGACAACCCAAUCCCUCUCGGAGCCGUCCGCUGGCUACACAGGCACUCCUGUUUCCUCCAGUCCUACGCUGACUUCGGCCAGCGCCAUUGCCAAGAACACUGACUUUUCUCCUUCCACAGGCGGGCCGAGUGAGCCCUCUCCCAGUCAAGGUGGUCCCGAACCCACGGCCACAUCUCCUCCUCCAGGAUCCACUUUCUACACCAGCACCUCAGGGGUGUCCACACUAACAUCUUCAACCCACCCUUCUACCAGUACAGAGAGGGCCGGUCCUGCCUCCCCAUCCAGCCCCAGUGAGCUGUCUCCCCCCACCGAUGUGUCUGCAGAAAGCACCCCAACUCUCGCAGGGGGGUCAACGGUCUACACCACGGUCUCUGCUCCGUCUGAAUCAACAGUUUCUUCCUCCGCCUUGCGUACGCCAGGCACUGGGACUUCUGCAGCCCCAUCAAGCCCUGGAGGGGCAUCCACCAGCCCAGCGGACACAGCACUGAGUGCCUCAGCUGCCACUCAGAAAUCCACAGCCCACAGCACCAUGUCUGAGUCUUCUCAGCCCACAGACUCACCAGCAACCACCUCUGGUGUAGACAAGGGAAGCCUUGCGCCCACAUCAGGUCCCAGCGACUCAUCUCCCUCUGCUGCUGGUGGUGCAUUGUCAGCCACACCCACUCCCGGGCGAUCUCUUGUCUCCACAACAGGCCCGGCGGACUUGAGUUCCGCAGUGUCCUCGGCCGCCUUCUAUUCUACUGAUAAGACAGGUCCUUCAUCGCCUUCUGGCCCCGAGGCAUCGACCACCACUCAGGGGGUUGGAGAAACACAGUCGCUCUUCACAAAUGACACGACCGUCUACUCAGAUGUUUCUGAUUCACCCACACCGACGGUUUCCCUCGCCUCGUCUUCUUCCACCGAUGACGGAAAGACCACGUCCCCUUCCAGGCCCGGCCAGCCAUCUACCACCGCCACUGUCUUGGAACAGACAACCCAAUCCCUCUCGGAGCCGUCCGCUGGCUACACAGGCACUCCUGUUUCCUCCAGUCCUACGCUGACUUCGGCCAGCGCCAUUGCCAAGAACACUGACUUUUCUCCUUCCACAGGCGGGCCGAGUGAGCCCUCUCCCAGUCAAGGUGGUCCUGAACUCACGGCCACAUCUCCUCCUCCAGGAUCCACUUUCUACACCAGCACCUCAGGGGUGUCCACACUCACAUCUCCAACCCACCCUUCUACCAGUACAGAGAGGGCCGGUCCUGCCUCCCCAUCCAGCCCCAGUGAGCUGUCUCCUCCCACCGAUGUGUCUGCAGAAAGCACCCCAACUCUCGCAGGGGGGUCAACGGUCUACACCACGGUCUCUGCUCCGUCUGAAUCAACAGUGUCUUCCUCCGCCUCGCGUACCACAGGGACUGGGACUUCUGCAGCCCCAUCAAGCCCUGGAGGGGCAUCCACCAGCCCAGCGGACACAGCACUGAGUGCCUCGGCUGCCACUCAGAAAUCCAGAGCCCACAGCACCAUGUCUGAGUCUUCUCAGCCCACAGACUCACCAGCAACCACCUCUGGUGUAGAGAAGGGAAGCCUUGUGCCCACAUCAGGUCCCAGCGACUCGUCUCCCACUGCUGCUGGUGGUGCAUCGUCAGCCACACCCACUCCCGGGCGAUCUCUUGUCUCCACAACACGCCCGGCAGACUUGAGUUCUGCAGUGUCCUCGGCCGCCUUCUAUUCUACUGAUAAGACAGGUCCUUCAUCGCCUUCUGGCCCCGAGGCAUCGACCACCACUCAGGGGGUUGGAGAAACACAGUCGCUCUUCACAAAAGACACGACCCUCUACACAGAUGUUUCUGAUUCACCCACACCGACGGUUUCCCUCGCCUCGUCUUCUUCCACCGAUGACGGAAAGACCACGUCCCCUUCCAGGCCCGGCCAGCCAUCUACCACCGCCACUGUCUUGGAACAGACAACCCAAUCCCUCUCGGAGCCGUCCGCUGGCUACACAGGCACUCCUGUUUCCUCCAGUCCUACGCUGACUUCGGCCAGCGCCAUUGCCAAGAACACUGACUUUUCUCCUUCCACAGGCGGGCCGAGUGAGCCCUCUCCCAGUCAAGGUGGUCCCGAACCCACGGCCACAUCUCCUCCUCCAGGAUCCACUUUCUACACCAGCACCUCAGGGGUGUCCACACUAACAUCUCCAACCCACCCUUCUACCAGUACAGAGAGGGCCGGUCCUGCCUCCCCAUCCAGCCCCAGUGAGCUGUCUCCCCCCACCGAUGUGUCUGCAGAAAGCACCCCAACUCUCGCAGGGGGGUCAACGUUCUACACCACGGUCUCUGCUCCGUCUGAAUCAACAGUUUCUUCCUCCGCCUCGCGUACGCCAGGCACUGGGACUUCUGCAGCCCCAUCAAGCCCUGGAGGGGCAUCCACCAGCCCAGCGGACACAGCACUGAGUGCCUCAGCUGCCACUCAGAAAUCCACAGCCCACAGCACCAUCUCUGAGUCUUCUCAGCCCAGAGAUUCACCAGCAACCACCUCUGGUGUAGACAAGGGAAGCCUUGCGCCCACAUCAGGUCCCAGCGACUCGUCUCCCACUGCUGCUGGUGGUGCAUCGUCAGCCACACCCACUCCCGGGCGAUCUCUUGUCUCCACAACACGCCCAGCAGACUUGAGUUCUGCAGUGUCCUCGGCCGCCUUCUAUUCUACUGAUAAGACAGGUCCUUCAUCGCCUUCUGGCCCCGAGGCAUCGAUCACCACUCAGGGGGUUGGAGAAACACAGUCGUUCUUCACAAAAGACACGACCCUCUACACAGAUGUUUCUGAUUCACCCACACCGACGGUUUCCCUCGCCUCGUCUUCUUCCACCGAUGACGGAAAGACCACGUCCCCUUCCAGGCCCGGCCAGCCAUCUACCACCGCCACUGUCUUGGAACAGACAACCCAAUCCCUCUCGGAGCCGUCCGCUGGCUACACAGGCACUCCUGUUUCCUCCAGUCCUACGCUGACUUCGGCCAGCGCCAUUGCCAAGAACACUGACUUUUCUCCUUCCACAGGCGGGCCGAGUGAGCCCUCUCCCAGUCAAGGUGGUCCCGAACCCACGGCCACAUCUCCUCCUCCAGGAUCCACUUUCUACACCAGCACCUCAGGGGUGUCCACACUAACAUCUCUAACCCACCCUUCUACCAGUACAGAGAGGGCCGGUCCUGCCUCCCCAUCCAGCCCCAGUGAGCUGUCUCCCCCCACCGAUGUGUCUGCAGAAAGCACCCCAACUCUCGCAGGGGGGUCAACGUUCUACACCACGGUCUCUGCUCCGUCUGAAUCAACAGUUUCUUCCUCCGCCUCGCGUACGCCAGGCACUGGGACUUCCGCAGCCCCAUCAAGCCCUGGAGGGGCACCCACCAGCCCAGCGGACACAGCACUGAGUGCCUCAGCUGCCACUCAGAAAUCCACAGCCCACAGCACCAUGUCUGAGUCUUCUCAGCCCAGAGAUUCACCAGCAACCACCUCUGGUGUAGACAAGGGAAGCCUUGCGCCCACAUCAGGUCCCAGCGACUCGUCUCCCACUGCUGCUGGUGGUGCAUCGUCAGCCACACCCACUCCCGGGCGAUCUCUUGUCUCCACAACACGCCCAGCAGACUUGAGUUCUGCAGUGUCCUCGGCCGCCUUCUAUUCUACUGAUAAGACAGGUCCUUCAUCGCCUUCUGGCCCCGAGGCAUCGACCACCACUCAGGGGGUUGGAGAAACACAGUCGUUCUUCACAAAAGACACGACCCUCUACACAGAUGUUUCUGAUUCACCCACACCGACGGUUUCCCUCGCCUCGUCUUCUUCCACCGAUGACGGAAAGACCACGUCCCCUUCCAGGCCCGGCCAGCCAUCUACCACCGCCACUGUCUUGGAACAGACAACCCAAUCCCUCUCGGAGCCGUCCGCUGGCUACACAGGCACUCCUGUUUCCUCCAGUCCUACGCUGACUUCGGCCAGCGCCAUUGCCAAGAACACUGACUUUUCUCCUUCCACAGGCGGGCCGAGUGAGCCCUCUCCCAGUCAAGGUGGUCCCGAACCCACGGCCACAUCUCCUCCUCCAGGAUCCACUUUCUACACCAGCACCUCAGGGGUGUCCACACUAACAUCUUCAACCCACCCUUCUACCAGUACAGAGAGGGCCGGUCCUGCCUCCCCAUCCAGCCCCAGUGAGCUGUCUCCCCCCACCGAUGUGUCUGCAGAAAGCACCCCAACUCUCGCAGGGGGGUCAACGGUCUACACCACGGUCUCUGCUCCGUCUGAAUCAACAGUUUCUUCCUCCGCCUUGCGUACGCCAGGCACUGGGACUUCUGCAGCCCCAUCAAGCCCUGGAGGGGCAUCCACCAGCCCAGCGGACACAGCACUGAGUGCCUCAGCUGCCACUCAGAAAUCCACAGCCCACAGCACCAUGUCUGAGUCUUCUCAGCCCACAGACUCACCAGCAACCACCUCUGGUGUAGACAAGGGAAGCCUUGCGCCCACAUCAGGUCCCAGCGACUCAUCUCCCUCUGCUGCUGGUGGUGCAUUGUCAGCCACACCCACUCCCGGGCGAUCUCUUGUCUCCACAACAGGCCCGGCGGACUUGAGUUCCGCAGUGUCCUCGGCCGCCUUCUAUUCUACUGAUAAGACAGGUCCUUCAUCGCCUUCUGGCCCCGAGGCAUCGACCACCACUCAGGGGGUUGGAGAAACACAGUCGCUCUUCACAAAUGACACGACCGUCUACUCAGAUGUUUCUGAUUCACCCACACCGACGGUUUCCCUCGCCUCGUCUUCUUCCACCGAUGACGGAAAGACCACGUCCCCUUCCAGGCCCGGCCAGCCAUCUACCACCGCCACUGUCUUGGAACAGACAACCCAAUCCCUCUCGGAGCCGUCCGCUGGCUACACAGGCACUCCUGUUUCCUCCAGUCCUACGCUGACUUCGGCCAGCGCCAUUGCCAAGAACACUGACUUUUCUCCUUCCACAGGCGGGCCGAGUGAGCCCUCUCCCAGUCAAGGUGGUCCCGAACCCACGGCCACAUCUCCUCCUCCAGGAUCCACUUUCUACACCAGCACCUCAGGGGUGUCCACACUAACAUCUUCAACCCGCCCUUCUACCAGUACAGAGAGGGCCGGUCCUGCCUCCCCAUCCAGCCCCAGUGAGCUGUCUCCCCCCACCGAUGUGUCUGCAGAAAGCACCCCAACUCUCGCAGGGGGGUCAACGGUCUACACCACGGUCUCUGCUCCGUCUGAAUCAACAGUUUCUUCCUCCGCCUUGCGUACGCCAGGCACUGGGACUUCUGCAGCCCCAUCAAGCCCUGGAGGGGCAUCCACCAGCCCAGCGGACACAGCACUGAGUGCCUCAGCUGCCACUCAGAAAUCCACAGCCCACAGCACCAUGUCUGAGUCUUCUCAGCCCACAGACUCACCAGCAACCACCUCUGGUGUAGACAAGGGAAGCCUUGCGCCCACAUCAGGUCCCAGCGACUCAUCUCCCUCUGCUGCUGGUGGUGCAUUGUCAGCCACACCCACUCCCGGGCGAUCUCUUGUCUCCACAACAGGCCCGGCGGACUUGAGUUCCGCAGUGUCCUCGGCCGCCUUCUAUUCUACUGAUAAGACAGGUCCUUCAUCGCCUUCUGGCCCCGAGGCAUCGACCACCACUCAGGGGGUUGGAGAAACACAGUCGCUCUUCACAAAUGACACGACCGUCUACUCAGAUGUUUCUGAUUCACCCACACCGACGGUUUCCCUUGCCUCGUCUUCUUCCAGCGAUGACGGAAAGACCACGUCCCCUUCCAGGCCCGGCCAGCCGUCUACCACCCCCUCUUUCUCAGAACAGACAACCCAAUCCCUCUCGGAGCCGUCCGCUGGCUACACAGGCACUCCUGUUUCUGCCAGUCCUACGCUGAUUUCGGCCAGCGCCAUUACCAAGAACACUGGCCUUUCUCCUUCCACAGGCGGGCCGAGUGAGCCCUCUCCCAGUCAAGGUGGUCCUGAACUCACGGCCACAUCUCCUCCUCCAGGAUCCACUUUCUACACCAGCACCUCAGGGGUGUCCACACUCACAUCUCCAACCCACCCUUCUACCAGUACAGAGAGGGCCGGUCCUGCCUCCCCAUCCAGCCCCAGUGAGCUGUCUCCUCCCACCGAUGUGUCUGCAGAAAGCACCCCAACUCUCGCAGGGGGGUCAACGGUCUACACCACGGUCUCUGCUCCGUCUGAAUCAACAGUGUCUUCCUCCGCCUCGCGUACCACAGGGACUGGGACUUCUGCAGCCCCAUCAAGCCCUGGAGGGGCAUCCACCAGCCCAGCGGACACAGCACUGAGUGCCUCGGCUGCCACUCAGAAAUCCAGAGCCCACAGCACCAUGUCUGAGUCUUCUCAGCCCACAGACUCACCAGCAACCACCUCUGGUGUAGAGAAGGGAAGCCUUGUGCCCACAUCAGGUCCCAGCGACUCGUCUCCCACUGCUGCUGGUGGUGCAUCGUCAGCCACACCCACUCCCGGGCGAUCUCUUGUCUCCACAACACGCCCGGCAGACUUGAGUUCUGCAGUGUCCUCGGCCGCCUUCUAUUCUACUGAUAAGACAGGUCCUUCAUCGCCUUCUGGCCCCGAGGCAUCGACCACCACUCAGGGGGUUGGAGAAACACAGUCGCUCUUCACAAAAGACACGACCCUCUACACAGAUGUUUCUGAUUCACCCACACCGACGGUUUCCCUCGCCUCGUCUUCUUCCACCGAUGACGGAAAGACCACAUCCCCUUCCAGGCCCGGCCAGCCAUCUACCACCGCCACUGUCUUGGAACAGACAACCCAAUCCCUCUCGGAGCCGUCCGCUGGCUACACAGGCACUCCUGUUUCCUCCAGUCCUACGCUGACUUCGGCCAGCGCCAUUGCCAAGAACACUGACUUUUCUCCUUCCACAGGCGGGCCGAGUGAGCCCUCUCCCAGUCAAGGUGGUCCCGAACCCACGGCCACAUCUCCUCCUCCAGGAUCCACUUUCUACACCAGCACCUCAGGGGUGUCCACACUAACAUCUCCAACCCACCCUUCUACCAGUACAGAGAGGGCCGGUCCUGCCUCCCCAUUCAGCCCCAGUGAGCUGUCUCCCCCCACCGAUGUGUCUGCAGAAAGCACCCCAACUCUCGCAGGGGGGUCAACGUUCUACACCACGGUCUCUGCUCCGUCUGAAUCAACAGUUUCUUCCUCCGCCUCGCGUACGCCAGGCACUGGGACUUCUGCAGCCCCAUCAAGCCCUGGAGGGGCAUCCACCAGCCCAGCGGACACAGCACUGAGUGCCUCAGCUGCCACUCAGAAAUCCACAGCCCACAGCACCAUGUCUGAGUCUUCUCAGCCCAGAGAUUCACCAGCAACCACCUCUGGUGUAGACAAGGGAAGCCUUGUGCCCACAUCAGGUCCCAGCGACUCAUCUCCCUCUGCUGCUGGUGGUGCAUUGUCAGCCACACCCACUCCCGGGCGAUCUCUUGUCUCCACAACAGGCCCGGCGGACUUGAGUUCCGCAGUGUCCUCGGCCGCCUUCUACUCUACUGAUAAGACAGGUCCUUCAUCGCCUUCUGGCCCCGAGGCAUCGACCACCACUCAGGGGGUUGGAGAAACACAGUCGCUCUUCACAAAUGACACGACCGUCUACUCAGAUGUUUCUGAUUCACCCACACCGACGGUUUCCCUCACCUCGUCUUCUUCCAGCGAUGACGGAAAGACCACGUCCCCUUCCAGGCCCCGCCAGCCGUCUACCACCCCCUCUUUCUCGGAACAGACAACCCAAUCCCUCUCGGAGCCGUCCGCUGGCUACACAGGCACUCCUGUUUCUGCCAGUCCUACGCUGAUUUCGGCCAGCGCCAUUGCCAAGAACACUGGCCUUUCUCCUUCCACAGGCGGGCCGAGUGAGCCCUCUCCCAGUCAAGGUGGUCCUGAACUCACGGCCACAUCUCCUCCUCCAGGAUCCACUUUCUACACCAGCACCCCGGGGGUGUCCACACCCAAAUCUCCAACCCACCCUUCCACCACUACAGAGAAGGCCGGUCGUGCCUCCCCAUCCAGCCCCAGUGAGCUGUCUCCCCAUGCCCAGGUAUCUGCACAAAGCACCCCAACACUCGCAGUGGCGUCAACUCUAUACAGCACAGUCUCUGCUCCAUCUGAAUCAACAGUUUCUUCCUCUGCCUCGCGUACUACAGGCACUGGGACUUCUGCAGCCCCAUCAAGCCCUGGAGGGGCAUCCACCAGCCCAGCGGACACAGCACUGAGUGCCUCAGCUGCCACUCAGAAAUCCACAGCCCACAGCACCAUCUCUGAGUCUUCUCAGCCCACAGACUCACCAGCAACCACCUCUGGUGUAGAGAAGGGAAGCCUUGCGCCCACAUCAGGUCCCAGCGACUCGUCUCCCACUGCUGCUGGUGGUGCUUCGUCAGCCUCACCCACUCCCGGGCGAUCUCUUGUCUCCACAACAGGCCCGGCGGACUUGAGUUCUGCAGUGUCCUCGGCCGCCUUCUAUUCUACUGAUAAGACAGGUCCUUCAUCGCCUUCUGGCCCCGAGGCAUCGACCACCACACAGUGGGUUGGAGAAACACAAUCGCUCUUCACAAAAAACAUCUUCACAGAUGUUUCUGAUUUGCCCACACUGACGGUUUCCCUCACCUCGUCUUCUUCCAGCGAUGAUGGAAUGACCGUGUCUCCUUCUAGGCCUGGCCAGCUCUCUACCACCCUCUCUUUCUCGGAACAGACAACCCAAUCCCUCUCAGAGCCGUCCGCUGGCUACACAGGCACUCCUGUUUCUGCCAGUCCUACGCUGACUUCGGCCAGCGCCAUUGCCAAGAACACUGGCUUUUCUCCUUCCAUAGGCGAGCCGAGUGAGUCCUCUCCCAGUCAAGGUGGUCCCGAACCCACGGCCACUUCUCCUCCUCCAGGAUCCACUUUCUACACCAUCACCUUGGGGGUGUCUGCAUCCACAUCUCCUAACCACCUUUACACCAGUACCGAAAGUGCUGGUCCUGCCUCCCCAUCCAGCCCUACUGCCCUCUCUACCCCGUCUCUUGCCUCUGAAGUCACCACUGGAAGUCUCACCACUCCUAUUUCCAUGCCUUCUUCCUCAGAGAGACCUAGUGCUUCCCCACCAUCAGCUGUGACCUCUUUUUCCACAACUAGAGUCACCUUUCGACCAACAUCCCCCUACCUCGAUGGAGGAUCUACAAUAUUCCAAAUCAGCUCAGAUUCACCAAACACAGCAAUUUCAUCUGACAGCUCAGGAUCCUCCUUCCCUGGCCCUUCAUCCUCAGCGUCACGUAUCCCUGGCCUCUCCUCCCCGUCUUUCUCUGACUUUUCUUCGGCCAUUGGAACUUCUGAUAUUUCUCCUCCUCUCUCCUACACUGCACCUGGGUCUACCCACUCUCCGUUGACAGAGCUCAGUCCGGUUUCAACUCUCUGUCCCCCAUCCACUAGCACCCGUACAACCGUGACGACGACCCACUCUGCACCUACAACAGCAAAGCAGUGCCAGAACGGGACCAUCUGGAAUGGAGAAGAGUGUUUUUGUGCCCCAGGCUUCGUUUGUUAUCAGUGCCAGUCUCCUGUGGACUUCUUCUCUCUAGAAAUCCCGGAAAAAAUCAACGCCACUGUUGGUGUGAUAAUGAGAGUGACUAACAGGAAUUUCACAGCAGACCUGAAUAACAUAUCCUCGCAGGCUUACCGGAAUUUCACUGAACAAUUCAAGAAACAGAUGGAUGAAGCUUACAAGAGUGAAGACUUUGUCCAGUACGGAGGCUUGAUCAUUAGGAGACUGCUCAAUGGCAGCAUCGUGGUGGAAUAUGACAUCAUCCUGGAGGCAGACUACACAUCAGAGUUUGAGGAGCUGUUUGCAAACCUCACUAAGAUUAUAAAGGCCAAGGCUAUAAAUGAGACCGAAAGGCUACCCCAGGAGUCUGAGGAGUGCCAAACAGCCUUCUCAACAAUGUGCUUCAGCCAGGAGGCCACCACUGUGAGCGAGACGGUGAAGCUGGGCUUUGACUUGCAGGAGCAAUGCAUUCAGAAGGCUGCGAAGGACUUAGCCCCAUUCUACUAUGUGGAUGAGCUGGACGGGAAGCCGGCCUGUGUGACCAAGUGCACCCCGGGGACAAAGUCACAACUGGAUUGUCACCAGGGCAAGUGCCAGCUGGAGCAAAGUGGCCCCCGCUGCGUAUGCCCGACCUCGGACACGCACUGGUACCUGGGAGAGACCUGUGACUACACCAUCAGCAAGAGCCUGGUGUACUGGAUUGUGGGGGCCGUGGUGGUGGUGCUGCUGGUCCUGGUGGUUGCCCUGUCCAUCUUCCUCAGCCGAGCCCAGGGAAAACUGCACAGGCAAGAGUACAAUCUGUCUCGAGAGUGGCAAGGAGAAGGUAUCCCUGGCAGUUUCCAGAACACACGCAUCUGGGAAGAUCAGAAUCUGAAGGACAAAUUCGGCCUUGAAAAUGCCUAUAGCCACUUCCGGCCCUCCCUGGGAAACGUUAACCCCAACACAGAGCUCCACAUUCAGAGGCCCCGGGUGGUGACAACUGCUCCGUGAGCAGGACAGGAGCUCCCGCCCCUCACCCAGAUCUUGAUGACGAGACUGUGGUAGAGAGCCCUCCACAGGCCCCCGCAUUGGUCAAGAGGAAACGCAUUAGGGCCCGAGGCAGGUCCUGCUCAGAACUGGGGGGGCUUGGCCCCGGCCCCUGCUGUGAGCCGCUCUCCGCUCCCUCGCUGCCCAUCCGGGAGCCCCAACACUGCCCGGACACUCGGCAUCCUUGUUUGCUCCGCGGUGACUCCUCACUCUGCAAUUACCCCACCAAUAAAAGAGCAAAUUUCAA